AUGCGCUCCUCGACCUAUUUCUUUUACCUUCUAACAACCAUUCGCUUUUGGGCGCGCGUUAAUGCUGGAGAACUAUGUACUCAUGACGAUUCCUUCAUCCCAGAUGCCGUGCUGAGGGUCACAGCCGCCAACUACUCGCAAUCAUGUUACCCUGCGAAGCACACCGUUCUCGUCAAUGGAACAUCGCCCGGUCCAGAAUUGAGGCUUACAGAGGGAGAGACUUAUUGGAUUCGAGUAUACAAUGACAUGCUUGAUGCCAAUUUGACCAUGCACUGGCAUGGUCUCUCACUUGCCGUAUCCCCUUUCGCUGAUGGAACACCUCUAGUAAGCCAAUGGCCAAUCCCACCCGCGCAUUUCUUCGACUACGAGAUCAACGUACCACAUGGGAUGGCUGGGACAUACUUUUACCAUAGUCAUGUUGGGUUUCAAGCUGUCUCUGCUACGGGACCGUUGAUCGUGGACGAUCUUGAUAUCCCGUAUGAGUAUGAUGAGGAUAAGAUCAUCUUUCUGCAAGACAUGUUUACAAAAGAUGAUGCUGUCAUUGAAAAGGGACUUGUUGCUGAUCCGCUCGUUUGGAGUGGGCAGACUGCUAUGAUUUUGGUUAAUGGGAAAGGAGGUGGGAUUUCGCAUGUUACAGCGGGUGAUGCUACUUGCAAUUCUACUUUGUCGAUGGUCUCUGUCGAGCCGGGAAAAACGUACCGGUUGCGGUUUAUUGGAGCUACGGCGCUUACUUUUGCGUUGUUGGCCUUUGAAGGCCAUGAUAGCUUGACUGUUAUUGAGGCGGAUGGGUCUUACACCCAACCGUACAAUACAUCCAUACUCCAAAUUGGAGGUGGUCAAAGAUACAGCGUCCUCCUCACAACCAAAGCCGCCCCCGAGAAGUCCUCCUACUUCAUGCAAGUCGAAUCCCGCGAUCGUCCAUCAGUCGCCAGAAGUUUCGCAGUCUUGCAAUACGGUCUAAAACCAGCAACCAAACCAAUGAAUCCUCUAACAGCACCACUCACCCUACCCAACAUAACCAGAGGCUUCCUAGACGAUCUCGCUCCCCUCCACCCAUCCCGAGACUUCCCCACCUCCGCCGAAGUAACCCGUCGCAUCACACUCACCGUCCACCAAAAAGUCUCUGGCCAAACAGUCUGGCUACAAAAUGCCUACAACUGGACGGAUUCCUUCCCACAAACACCCUACCUCGUGGCCCUAUACGAAAACACCACCAACACCACCACCAACCCCGGCCUCCCCUACCCCAGCCUCGAACGCGCCCUCGCAAACAACGGCAUCGACCCCGUCACCCGCACCUUCCCCGCCCGCCUCGGCGAGGUCCUCGAGAUCGUCAUCCAGAACACAGGCGCCGAUAAAGGCGGGCUGGACAUCCACCCCUUCCACGCCCACGGCGCGCAUUUCUGGGACCUGGGCUCCGGCAACGGGACGUUCAAUGGCACCGCCAACGACGCGUCCUGGGCCGCGCGCGGGCACCAGCCGCCGCUCAGGGACACCAGUAUGCUAUACCGCUACGCGACGUCGACGGGGAAUGGCACGGCGAUGGGGUGGCGGGCGUGGCGGUUGAGGGUCACUCAGGUGGGGGUGUGGAUGGUGCAUUGUCAUAUCUUGCAGCAUAUGAUUAUGGGGAUGCAGACGGUGUGGGUUUUUGGGGAUGAGGAGGAGCUGCUGGGACGCGUGGGGUGGCCGGAGGUCGAGGGGUAUUUGGCGUUUGGGGGGGAUGUAUACGGGAAGGAGACGCAUGCGCCGAGGGUGGUGCAUUUUAAGGGGAAUGAGAGGGGGAAUGAGAGGGGGGGUGCUUGGGCGGAGGGGCAGAGGGUUAGCUUUUGGAGGGGGGGGGGGGGGGUGGGUUGA